AUGGAGCCGGCAGGGAUAGGCGGAGAAUGUUUCCCGGAAUACGCCGACUCGAAUAUCUCCUAUUUGGUGCUGUCGUGGAUGGGUGAGAGAUGCCCGUCGCCGUCAAUCAUGUACCCGACGGUGGUCAUCUACGGGUUGAUUCUGCUGCUCGGGCUCGUUGGCAACAUUUGCACAUGCAUUGUCAUCAUCGUCAAUAAGAAUAUGCACAACCCGACAAACUACUACUUGCUCAGUCUGGCGCUCAGCGACAUUCUUAUCCUAAUUCUUGGCCUUCCGAUGGAACUCUACAUCGCGCGCGCCUUUCUCGUCGAGUUCACCUCCUACGCCUCCAUCCUCGUCAUUUGUCUCUUCUCAUUUGAGCGAUGGAUCGCUAUUUGCUUCCCGCUUCGCGCCCAACUUUUCUUGGGCACCCGGAGGACGUUGAGUCUGAUCUGCGGCUGCUGGGUUGUCUCCUGCCUCUGCUCACUUCCUGUGGUCUUUGUCGUGCGCAUCAACAAGUUGCCAUUGCCUGAAUUUGCCGUCAAUCAGACCUGGACGCAUCUUGUCUCCGCCGAUGGGAAAACCAUCGAUCGAACCGAGUUUUGCGCAAUGGACAUUGACAACCUUGAAGAUCAAAAGGAGAUCAUCUACUUGUCCUUUAUCGGCUUCUUCCUACUUCCGGCCAUCAUCAUCACCGUCAUGUACGGGCAUAUCGCUAUCCGGUUGCACCUGUCCGAGUCGCAGCUCGGUCGCGAGAAGAAGGGUCGAAGCCAUAAAUGGAGUGUGUUGAGGGUGCUCGUGUCGGUGGUGAUCACCUUCUUCGUGUUCUGGCUUCCAUUCCACAUGCAAAGGCUACUCUCCAUUUUCCUCAACGAGCGACAAGGCGAUGCGUCGGCGGCCGUCCAAACGCUUUUCACCCUUGUUUUCUACAUUUCAGGAUAUUGCUACUACUCGAACUCUGCCUGUAACCCGAUUCUCUACAACAUUUUCUCCGAGAAAUUCCGCGCCGCCUUUUGCCGGACGAUUCUGGGAGAGCGU